AUGGUCUGGUUAGACAACUCAUCAGGCGCAACCAUCACCGCCUCCAUCUCCUCUGCCCACACGCCUGGCGGUGCGACAGGGUUCUUCGCCGUUGAACCACUCCUGGAUACCUUCGCCAAUAACCACUGGGAGCGCAGCGCAAAGUUCAAUGAGACGGCUGUCAUCCACUCGGGGAAAGCUACUGUCAAGAUACCGCAUGUGCGAGGGGACGAUUUCAUCGUCAUCUUCUCUGAUUCGUUCAUUCAGGUUCGGAAUGCACCGCAAGUCUACUUUGGAUGA